AUGUCAACAAGCAUUCUCGUCGCCCGUGCGAUCGGAAUCGGCGGUGCCUUCUGGCUCUCUGGCAACAUAGCCGCUCUAUCUUUCAUCUCCGUACCCGCCCUCAACUUGGCGAAAGGCGACGGGGCCGCCAACGCGGGAUCCCUCACGCGACUCUGGCGGUACAACUACGAGCUCGGAAAGGCGCAAAACCCGCCCAUUGCCGCUCUGACGGCAGCAUCGCUGUCGUUCCUCGCUUGGUCAUCUCGUGCCGCACCCAUGCCCCUCUACUUGUACGGCGCAGCGGCGGCGCUCACGGUCGGCAUCGUCCCAUACACUAUCGCGACGAUGCGCGGCACAAACAACAAGCUUAUCAAGAAGUCUGAGGACAUUGGCAGGCAAGGCUUGUCGGCGCAAGUUUCGGUAGAUGAAGAAAGGGAGGUACAGGAACUGCUCACGAGGUGGACUUGGUUGAACGGCAUCAGAAGCAUUCUCCCUGCAUUGGGAGGCAUAGCAGCUUUCCUAGCAGCUACCAUCUAG